CUCACCAUACCAUUUCUUCUCCGGGUGUCAGUACUUCAGUGCUCGAAUUUCUAUGUGCAUGCGUAUUGCCAUUCAAACAUAUCCAUCUUGAUUUUGUAAUCAUGAAAGGCACAGUGUCGUCUUCGCCCAAUUGCGCUCUUCGGCUUCAUCCUCCCAGUGUUCUUGACCAGUGACAGUCCACGUGUAACUUGAUUAUAACAGGAUGGCAGACUUGGUGCAAGAGCGUCGAGAGGCCUUGCAAAGCUGUCCCCUUGGUCAUUCUGAUCGACCAGCGUGUCUCUACAAUCUUGCCAUCAGCCUUCGAAACAGAUUCGAGCAUCAGGGCAUCCCGUCUGACCUUGAUGAGGCCAUUGAGCUCUAUCGGGCUGCACUACUCCUUAUUCCCCCCGGUCAUCUUUAUCAAUCGAGGACUAUCAAUAAUCUUGCCACCAGCCUUCAUGAAAGAUUCAAGCAGCGGGGCGUCCCGUCUGACCUUGAUGAGGCCAUCGAGCUCCAUCGGGCUGCACUACUCCUUUGUCCCCCCGGUCAUUCUGAUCGAUCAGCAUCUCUCAACAAUCUUGCUAGCAGCCUUCAGAACAGAUUCGAGCAGCGGGGCGUCCCGUCUGACCUCGAUGAGGCCAUCGAGCUCCGUCGGGCUGCACUACUCCUUUGUCCCCCCGGUCAUUCUGAUCGAUCAGUGUCUCUCAACAAUCUUGCCAGCAGCCUUCGAAGCAGAUUCAAGCAUCGGGGCAUCCCGUCUGACCUCGAUGAGGCCAUCGAGCUCCAUCAGGCUGCACUACUCCUUUGUCCCCCCGGUCAUUCUCAUCGAUCAGCGACUCUCGACAAUCUUGCCAACAGCCUUCAUCAGAGGAUCAAUCUCAAUCAGCGGGGUGUCCCGUCUGACCUUGAUGAGGUCAUGGAGCUCCGUCGAGCUGCACUACUCCUUCGUCCCCCCGGUCAUUCCGAUCGAUCAAAGUCUCUCAACAAUCUUGCCAAAAGCCUUCAUGAGAGAUUCAAGCAGGGGGGUGUCCCGUCUGACCUUGAUGAGGCCAUCGAGCUCCAUCGGGCUGCACUACUCCUUCGCCCCCCCGGUCAUUCUGAUCGACCAUCGUCUCUCAACAAUCUUGCCAGCAGCAUUUAUGACAGAUUCAAGCAGCGGGGCGUCCAGUCAGACCUUGAUGAGGCCAUCGAGCUCUAUCAGGCUGCACUACCCCUUUGUCCCCCCGGUCAUUCUGAUCGAUCAGCGACUCUCGUCAAUCUUGCCAUCAGCCUUCAAAACAGAUUCAAGCAGCGGGGCGUCCCGUCUGACCUUGAUGAGGCCAACGAGCUCCGUCGAUCUCUAAGUCCCCAAGUGUUCGCAUCAAUGAAACAAGACGGAAAAAGCUAG